CCUUGAGGAGCUCUUAGAGCUUGGCAAUGGCUUCCCACGGCACAAGGCCUACUACUACUGCCUGCAACGAAAUCCAUGAUGCGGUCACAACUCACACCUCCAUCUCUCCCUCUCUUCUCCACCGGAAGAGCCUCGAAGAACUCUUCCCACCCUUCCUUGCCGAGAAGGUCGUCGCGGAGACGAUCGCCACCUUCCUGCUCGUGUUCGUCACCUGCGGGUCCGCGGCGUUGAGCAAGAGCGAGGCUGGCGCGGUGUCGCAGCUGGGGGCGUCGGUCGCCGGUGGGUUGAUCGUCACGGUGAUGAUCUAUGCCGUGGGCCACAUCUCGGGGGCGCACAUGAACCCCGCCGUCACCUUGGCCUUCGCCGUCUCCCGGCAUUUCCCAUGGAUACAGGUUCCAUUCUACAUCUCUGCUCAGAUCUCGGGGGCCAUGGUCUCCUCCUUCGUCCUCCGCGAGCUGCUGCACCCCAUCACCGAUCUCGGUACCACGACGCCGUCGGACACAGCUCUGAAGGCCUUGGUCAUGGAGAUCGUGGUCACCUUCUGCAUGAUGUUCGUCACCUCGGCUGUAGCCACUGAUUCCAAAGCUGUAGGAGAGUUGGCAGGGUUAGCUGUUGGCUCGGCAGUCUGCAUAACCUCCAUUCUAGCUGGGCCGAUCUCAGGAGGGUCGAUGAACCCAGCGAGGACGUUAGGCCCGGCGUUGGCGAGCAGGAACUACGAUGCUCUAUGGGUGUAUCUUCUUGGGCCUGUGGUCGGCACAUUGUUAGGGGCGUUCUCCUACAGCUUCAUAAGGAUGACUGAGAAGCAACCGCUGUCGACUACCACCCAGAAAUUGUCCUCCUUCAAGCUUCGGCGUUUGCAGAGCCAGGACAUGCCGAGUCCUUUAGCCGAUGCUUCCGGGCGUGUUUAGCCGGCAAGACUGGAGCCUGCGGAAGGAGACCGAUGAGGAUAAUUGCCAAGUAUUGUCUUCUCUGUAGCUAUUAUCGUCAUCUUAAGUGGCAGUCAACGACCGACGCCUCAUUAGUAUGACGCCAUGUCUCCGUUCACUCAAACUAAGGCUCUUAUAAGUGAUAUAAUGAUUCACUUACCAAUUCCUCGUCUA